AGACAUCCUAUUUAAUUUUUUUUUUUUUUAGUUGAAUAAUUUUUUUUAAUCAUUUUGAGUUGAAUAAUUUAAGUUUUAUAAAUGAUGAAUCAUUUUGAGUUGAAUCAUUUUUUUUUUUCGAUUUUACUUUUGCAUUGGGACUGAAACCAUUUCAUCCCAAUCUCUGACUCGAACUAGAUUAAACAGAUGAAACUAAUUUUUUUAUUUUUUUUUUUAACUUUGCCGACUUUAACCAGAUUAAGUAGUAGGAGUAUUUAUUAAUUUUUUCCAAAGAAUUAAUUUUUUUUGUUCACAAAAAUAUUUUCUUCUUUUUUUGUUUCGUUUCCCUUUCAAAACCGCAACCUUGUCCCACUUUACUUGUGGAUAAAGCCUUUUUGUGCGUACCCUUUUUCUUGCACUUUGUUGUUUCAGAAGAAAAAGUGUUAAUUCUCUCUCUCUCUCUCUCUCAUCUAUUUUUCUCGAGAAAAUCCUAAGGAAAGUGAAAAUAGAGUUUUUUCUUUGUUGUGUUUUUGAAGAAAAUUAUUGAUUUUUAAUGGCGGAAAUUUUGACCAAAACAAGUUUUGUUUCAUCUUGGCAUGGAAACAAAAAUCAAAAGCUUCAAAGGGCAUCCAUGGUUCCAAAAGCUUGUAGUUUCAACGUUGGUUUGAGAACUUUUCCCUCUUUGAAGAUGAAAUCUCAGUUUCUCAGAUCUUCAUCUUUUUCAUCUGAGUUUCAUGGCAAAAAGCCUCUCUUUCGUGUAAAUAGAUCAAUACCCAAAAGGAUCAAUUCACAAAUUUCAGUUUCAGCUGCUCCUAAGAUGACACUUAGAAUAGGGAAAGUUCAGAAAUGGUGGGAAAAGGGUCAUCAACCUAACAUGAGAGAGGUGACUUCAGCACAAGAUCUUGUAGAUUCACUUUUAAAUGCAGGAGACAAACUUGUAAUUGUUGAUUUUUUCUCUCCUGGUUGUGGUGGUUGCAAAGCCCUUCAUCCUAAGAUAUGUCAAUUUGCUGAGAUGAAUCCUGAUGUUGAGUUCCUUCAAGUGAACUAUGAGGAACAUAAAUCCAUGUGUUAUAGUCUUAAUGUUCAUGUACUUCCUUUUUUCCGAUUCUAUAGAGGUGCUCAUGGACGAUUAUGCAGCUUUAGCUGCACCAAUGCCACGAUCAAGAAGUUUAGAGAUGCAUUAGCCAAACACACUCCAGAUAGAUGCAGCUUGGAGCCAACCAAAGGUUUAGAGGAGAAAGAGCUCAUAGCUCUAUCUGAAAACCGAGAUCUUGACUUUACAUACACACCAAAGCCAUCUCAGCCUGUGCUUACUCCUGCAAAUGAAGAGUCAGUGACCGAAGCCACACCUUCUUUGCCUUCAAAGGAGAGAACCUUGAUCACUGCUUGGAGAUGAUGAUGUGGUCAGUUUGUAACCAACCAUAUCUUCUGACUUCAUCACUUGUACAGUGUAGGUUUGGUUUAGUAUCUUGAAGAAGUAUAUACUCGUGAGAAUGAAGAUAUCUUUCAAGAAGAUCAAGUCACAUAGUGUGUAUCCUACAAGGCUUGGAUUUAUGGUUUUUUGGAUCCAUGCCUUGAUAUAGAUAUUAUUAGGGUAAUUUGAAGCCGUAGAGUUUUUAGCAUGGUUUUAAAAAAGGUUUGCGAUCGUGAUCUUUGAUAUCUCGAUCGCAAGAAAGCCGCAUUUAGCUGCAAUAUUAAUUGCGAUUUUAAAACUUGAUUAUUAGUUGCUCUUUUUUUUUUUUUAUGUUUGAGGAAGGAUCCCUUCCAAAUGAUGUAAAAUGAAUGAUUUUAUUCAGCAAUGGAUAAAUGAUAAUCUUGCUUCUGUUCUUUAUGAGCCAA